AUGCAACACUACGGCGUGAACGGAUACUCCCUUCAUGCCAUGAACUCACUUAGCGCCAUGUACAACUUGCAUCAACAGGCAGCGCAACAAGCGCAGCACGCACCUGAUUAUCGGCCGUCAGUGCACGCGCUAACGCUCGCGGAGAGACUGGCUGAUAUCAUACUCGAGGCUCGUUAUGGCUCUCAACAUCGCAAACAGCGACGCAGCCGCACAGCGUUUACUGCCCAACAGCUGGAGGCUUUAGAGAAGACUUUCCAAAAAACUCACUAUCCUGAUGUUGUGAUGCGGGAGCGCUUGGCCAUGUGCACUAAUUUACCCGAGGCACGUGUGCAGGUGUGGUUCAAGAACCGGCGUGCAAAGUUUCGUAAGAAGCAGCGAAGCCUUCAAAAAGAACAACUGCAGAAGCAAAAAGAUGCAUCAACAGAUGGGACCCUGGCGACAAGUGAUAAGGAAGAUCCACCAUCCACCGGAAAUCUUGAGAACCAGCCACCUUCAUCAUCAUCCUCUUCCUCCUCUAUGGAAGCAGAAGCAGCUCCCCAUGCGCUGGGAUCAGAGCUUAGUGUUGAGCUAAAUGUUACAUCGGCAGAGCAGUCAGGCUGCGAGUCAGCCACGGAAGACAAUGCAACAGACAAGGAGGAAGAGGUAAAGCAGCACAGAGAAGAUCUGAAGGUUGAGAAAGAACCAACAACUGGACACCUCUCCCCUCUCUGCAAGCGUCUCAGCCCCAAACCAGAUUCUCCUCUUGGUUCCCCUGCCAUCACAUCUUCCGGUGGUGUCACCAAUGGGAGCCACUCCUAUUCCUCGUCUCCGCUCAGCCUCUUCAGGCUGCAAGAGCAGUUUCGCCAGCACAUGGCCGCCACCAACAACCUGGUUCACUAUCCCUCUUUUGAAAUGGCAACGCCCUCGUCCAUACCAUAUCUGGGCAUGAACGUCAACAUGCCACCUCCGCUGGGCUCGCUUCCCUGCCAGUCUUAUUAUCAAUCGUUAUCUCACCAUGCGCAACAAGUUUGGAACAGCCCCCUGCUGCAGGCCUCCGGAGGCCUUCCUAGCCACAACAGCAAGACCACCAGCAUUGAGAAUCUACGCCUGCGGGCGAAGCAGCACGCAGCAUCCCUCGGCCUGGACACGCUGCCCAACUAAAAAGACGACUGAAAACUAGCUGAGCAUCUGUCACUUCGAACGUAUCCAUCUGGACAGUUCCCUAAAAUGUACAGAAAACUUUUUGAGAGAUGUAAAGAAACCAUCAUGCAAAACUGUGUGAAGCCUGAAAUAUUCUCCUGUCUACAAUAUGUGCUAUCUUGAUCUUGUUUCGGGAUAUAAUAUAUCAAAAUUUAAUCUCUGACUCAUUUGCAACAAUAAGUGGUAUUGUAUAAGUUAGGCAGUAAUAUGCUAAUAAUAACCUCCCAAUCUUGCAAAACUCUUGGCACAGCAAUAUAUUGAAAGUUUUACGGUUUAGUUUUAAAACCGUCAGGCCCCGAUUUCAUGUUAUUUAUGUUUUGGAUGAGCACAGAUGUUUGAUAUACAAGCACUUUUUGAAGACGAUCUCAAACGGUUGCAUGCAUUGUACACCAGACUCUGAAGAGAACCUAAUUUAAUUAUAGUGGCUUUCAAAUUAAACAUCACACAAAUUCCCUUGUAAAUUUAAAUCUUGCACAACUACAUAGAUUAAUUAAACCUAACCCGUUUAUUGGUCAGGAUUAAACCAUGGAAAAUUGAGGAUGGUUAGUUAAUGAGGAAAGGAUUUCAUUGACGACAUAUGCAAAGCUUUUAAUUACAUGUAGCCUUGGGCAAAAGGAAGAAAUGCAAUUAUAGACCACGUAUAUCAUUUGAGAUUGCUAUAUAAAUGCUGUGAGGGAAAACACACUCUCAACCUCAAGAAACUUGUGCUUAUGUUGCAACUGAAAACAACGGUGAACAGUGCUUGAAUUGUAAGAAACUUCUUUG